AUUGAAUAUUGGUAACAAUAAUGUGUCUGAUAGUAUCACACUUUCCAUUAUCAUCCCACCAUUUUCACUUCUGAUAUAUUGUGUAAUUACAAAUUUUUAAGUACACAUAAAAAACUCUAAUUUAACUGUAUAAACAAACGACAAACGACAAACAAAUGGUAUUUGUCGCGAUUCCAUGUUGAAAUAGUAGAAUUUAAGAUGUGUGUUUUGCGACAAGGUUUCACUGAAAGAUAUGUAUUAAUAAAACUUGUGAUUUUAGUUAGUUUUUGCUUAAAAUAUGGAUAUUGUGAUGAGGAUAAUAGUAAGCGUUGCCCGAGGGAAAUAACUAUAGUCAACAAUUCAACUCAAGUAUAUUGGAAUUCAAAAGGAAUUGAUAAUGAAAUCGUUUUAUCUUCCCCACCUUGCACGGACAAAUAUGGAAAUUUAGUAACAAGAGUUUGCACCAAUAAUACGUGGAUUCCCGCAAAUUCCACUAAUCUUUGUUCAAAGCUCACACGUUAUGGGAAACGAUGUCCUGUUCAAUUUUCAGAAACGUCUGAUAGCUGCAUUUUUUUCGCCGCUGCUCAACCAUGGGGUAAUAUAUGUAGCUUUGAAGCAUUAACCGAAGAUUCCAACAAUGUACCGUUGAAAAACGAACUACUUUGGCUGCCAUACAAGAGAUUACACGAAUACGGACCUUUUGAAUCACUAACUUUUGGAGAAAAUUUUGGUAUUCCUAUUAAGAAACCUAUAAAGGGAGCGUUAACUGAUGUAGAUUUUUUUAAUAAGAAUUGUUUGGUAGUGAAUACGUCUUCAGAAGAAUACUACCCUGAAUUUUGUGACCGAUAUCAUCGAUAUGUUUGCCAGUUUUCCAAAGAAGAAGUUUACGCUAGGUGCCCCCAUGAUUGCGUUAGUGUGGAUAUACUUUCGGACGCAUGUUACUGCAAGCAGAAACAAACUUGUUCCGAAUUGGCAAAAGUAAACACUAUGUAUGAUUUCACAAUGUUGUCCGACUUAGCCGAUGAUGAUGAAUCUAUUGUUGGAACUAUCACUUAUCCAGAUUUACCAUUUUAUGAAUUCAAUCAAUCUCUUAGUGAACAUUCUUGGUAUUAUACAAAGAAAAAUUUAUCUUAUUCUCUAUGUGUUACUCAACAUCCGAAACAAAAUUCUGUUGAAGAAGCUCAGUUGACACUGAAUUUUGACGAUAAAGAAAGGAAAUUGUAUUUGACUAUAUACUCGCCUGAAGGUCUUUUCGAAAACGCAAACGAAAAAACAAUUUAUUGUUUUACUAAUGCAGCUCCUUAUGCUAUUAAAACGAGAAAAGAUGUCGAACAAAUAAUCGAAAAUAGAGAAAAUGUUCGAUCGUACAACGUAUACGAGGUUGAGUUAGAAGAUAAAAUUGGUAUUUAUUAUUGCGAAGUUUUCAAAAGUACAUAUUAUGUAGACGAUAAAAUCGAAUCGAAUCCUGUAUUGGCCUAUAAAACUAAAUCUGGUACCGAAUUUUCGGCACGAUUAAUAAUCAGUAAUGUAUGUCAGUUAUUUAACUGCAACCAAACGAAUUUAAUCGAUUUUAGAAGAAUUUUGAACAAAUCUCUAAAUUUUUUCAAAGAAGAAACAAGAGUUAUGGAUAUUUAUAAUUUCGAUUUGAAAUCUGUAGAUAUAUUAAUUCAUAUAUCAAAUGAAGACACAAACGAUGUUCUAGAAGAUUUCAAAUAUAUCAAAGAUAACCUAGAAAAUAGAGAGGACAUAAAUGUUAUAUAUAUAAGAAGUAGUGAAUAUUGUUUACCUGAAACAUUACAUAAUUUAAGUUGGCCGUUAACGCCAAUAAGUCAAAGUGCGGUAUCUGACCAAAAUUGUCUACAACAAAAUGGUUUACCUGUUAUACGAAUAUGUGGAGGUGAUUUUUUAACAGGUGCUGAAUGGGGAGAUGUUAUAGGAGAAUGUUCUAGCGAUGUGGAAUUACCAGAGAGUACUAAAUAUAUUUAUUCCGCGUUACAACAAAAUUUAACUACAGAAACUGUUAACAACGUUACUAAUGUUAUAGAAAACGAUCCUAAUUUACCAGUUCUCUCAAUAUAUUACGCUUCAAAAUUUUUGAAUAAGAUUUUUGACGAUAUCAACAGCAAUAUAUUAGUAGACACUACUAACAACGAAAACAAUUCAGUGGACAGUACCAUGAAGAUAAUUGACAAUUUGUUGAAUGUAAAUAAGGAACUUUUGGUGUCUUCACAAGAUCUUUUAAACGUCACCGACGAUUUAAUAGAUGUAGUAGAAAAUAUAUUGAUUGAAACAACAUCAAAUUUAACUGCGUUUCUACUACAGGAACAAAAUGUUAUUGUACAUGUCACUAAUCCAAUUUCAAGUGAUAUUUACGGCGUGGUAAUUUACCAGGAACAAGGUAAAGAACCAAUCGUGGCUGAUCUUCACAGUAAUAGUUCUUUGUACGAUCUUGGUCCUAACGCACUUUUCGCUUUAUUAAUACCCGAAGAAAUUUUAAAUCAUAAAAAUAGUUCUAAUAUAACAAUUAUUACUACGAUUUAUUUCAAAGAUGCUUUUUUUGAAAGUAAUCAUACAACAAGGCCCUCAGGUCCUGUUGUGAGUGUCACUAUUCCAGAAUUUGGUGGGUACCUACCGAGUAGUAUACCUAUAAUGUUCAAAGAAUCUAAUUAUAGUGAAAUACCAGAAUGUGGAUUUUGGGAUUAUGGGAAGAAAACAGUUAGAAAAAAAGGGCAUUGGUCUACAUCCGGAGGAGUUUAUAUGGGAGAAUUUGAUAUAGAAAAUCAUUAUCAUAUUUGUAUGUAUUCACAUUUAACUCAUUUAUCUAUGUUGAGAAUAACCAUGGAAAAAUUCUUGAGUAGUACGGAUGAUGUUAUUUUAGAUGUUAUAGCUAUAAUAGGAGAUAUAAUGACUUUGAUAGGUAUAACAGGGAUCUUUUUAACAGCAUUUCUUUUUAAAAUAUGGAGAAGGAAACAGGGUACGAUUAUUUUACUAAAUCUAUCAAUAUCGAUCCUUUUAGAAACGUUCAUUAUGCAAAUAAGUGAUUCAAAGUUCUUUGUAACAGUACACAGUUGUACAAUUUUGGGUAUCUUACUGCAUUACUUUGUAAUAAGCAAAUUUUGUUGGAUGUUGGUAUAUUCUUUUUUACAGUACAUGAGAUUUGUAAAGGUUUUAACUAUACUACCAGAAAACAUAGUACUGAAAUCAAUUAUUUUUGGCUGGGGAUUCGCUAUUUUACCAGUAGGCAUUGUUAAUAUUAUCAAUUCAACAACGUAUACAAAAAGAAAAUACAACUACUGUUACCCCGUGGGAGCUAAUUUAUAUUAUGGGGUAUUAUUGCCAGUGAGUAUAAUAGUAUUUGUUAAUACUUUCGUAUUUUUUGCUGUAAUGAGAAGAAUUACAUCGAACACUGUUGAAUCUCACGGAAGUAAAGAAAAUAUUCAAAAACUACAAAUACAAUUAGCUUGCCUUUUAUUUUUUGUACUAGGUGUUCCUUGGAUGUUUUGGGUGUUUGCUAAUUUCAUUUAUAUACAAUGGUUGAAAUUAACUUUGAUUUAUUUAUUUGCUGUAACUUCGAACAUACAAGGUUUCAUACUCUUCUUGUUCUACGUUAUUUUAAAUAACGAAACCAAAGCUGCCUGGGCGAAAUAUUUCCGUAAAAAUAGGCCCAAAUCGUUUUCUAGUAGCAUCAAAACGUCUAGUAAAUCGAACUAGUAUCUUACGUUUUUAAAAAAUGUCCUAAUUGUUUCUUUUAUUGUCUCUUUAAAUUGAUUCUAUUUCCUUAUCUGCCUAAAUCAGGAACGUGUUAGUUUAGCAUUUUCGAAAUCGUAGAAUGAAUUAAUUUAUCGAGGUUUUCUAGACGUCAUAAAUCAGUACUUCCGAUUUUACUAAUGAUUCGUUUUUGAACUGGGGAACUAAAUGAAAUGUUUUGUUUAGGAGGGCCUAUAUUUAGACAAUUCACAAAAACGUGAAAAUAAUUAUUGUUCAUCUUUUUAUUUAUUUAUAUUCGAUUUGGGAACUCUCUCUUGAUGUUGUUAAGAAAACUGAGGAACGAAUCCAUUUUCCGGUUAGGUUAGAUGAGUUAAUUUUACUUAAGCUUAAGUUAGGUUAACUAAAUUAACCGAUAACCCAGGAAAAUGUUUUUAUAUGAAAUGCGAUAUGUUUUGUAAUCGAGAGGAACUGCUGUUUCGGGUAAUUCAUAAAUCCAGUUCAAAAUGCCGAACUGGAAGUCAACCAAUCCAAUCCAAUUAUUGGUACAACCGGAAGUACAUCUGGGACUUUGAUAAACUCUUUGACCUCUUAAUGCCGUCAAAUAAGUGAUUUUUUAUUAUCAUUUUGAGCUGAUACAGAAGUGCUUCUUUCAAUUUUUUCUUAAUCUACUGAAUUUUUUUACUAGUAGGUCUUAUUGUAAUUUAUAACUUGCAGGGUCUGCUUUACUUUAACUAUAUUUAUAAGCCCGUUGACUUGUUUUAAUUCUUAUGAAAUAUCGUGUGUUUACAACUAAUACUGACCAUGUCGAGAACUUUAAAAAUAACACGACCAAGUUGCUAAUGAAGUGUCGUGUCUAAAAAUUUCUCUAACUAGAUUUCAGUGUAUUUUUGGCAGAUCAAAAAAAGAUCAAUUGGAUCUAAUGGAAUCGCCUCAAUUUCCUUUGAAAGUCAUUUGAUAUUUUAGUAACCAUAAAAGCUUCUCGGAAAUUAUCGAUAUAACAACAAAAUAAAAACUUAUAUAAACAAAGAAAAACUUGUUCAAAAUAAAUAUAUUCGAAACUGCAUUAAUGAAAACGAUUUUUGUAGAUUGAGUUUUAAAUUUCACGAACGUGAAGAUAGAAAACUUUAAUAAAUAUCGACCCAAGGUCAUAAUUUUCGAAGAGCUGAUAAUGAAAUAUCUAGUUAAAUCAGGCUUUUGAUUGCAGUUAUUACGAGCUCUACAGAAUAUAUCUACUCUUUUAUCACAACACAGCAGCAACAGUUUUGGAAUCUGGUAUUAGGGUCGGCAGAAAUUAGACCCUUUUCUACUUUAACGAAGUCUGUUGGUUGAGAUUUUGUUUUUGUUCUGUUCAUAUAUCUGCUUUAUAGAUUAGGAUCACAAAUGAUGUCGUUUUUCUCCAUCUCCAUCCAAUAACAAAAUCAUAUUUUUUCCAAUACAACUAUACACGGCUUUGGUUCCAAACCACUAAAAGUUGAUCAUAAGGCAAAUUGAAACCUGAAUCUGUUUUUAACAAUUCUAAUUCAUAGUAUUAACUAUUUUUGAUACAGCAUAUUUAAAAGUAUGAGCUAGAAAUGAACAUAUGUUGAAUUGUCUUUUGUACUGCUUGCAAUCUGUUUCACGCAUUAGGGUGCAAUCGUAGUUGCUCAUCAUGCCUUUAUCCCAAAAUUAUUGGUAUCCUCGGAGAAGCAUCUCUUCUCGUUCAUCGCUCAAGUGUUGGCAAGAAAAUUAAUAUUUUGAACAUUCGAGCUAAAAUCCUGUUGUAAUUUUUUAAACAUUUCAAAUUUUGCUUCAGCUAUUAGUUUUCGAAUAUCAAGCCCAACAAAUAUACCUUCUUUGAUUUUUGUAUAUAAUCAAAUACUAGAGAAAUGGUCUUCCAAAAAAAUUCUUAAUCAGACUAAAUAUAAUGGGAGAUUGGGAUAUCAUAAUUUCAUGCGUUAAUUUUUCCAUAAUUCAGCUGCAUAAUAUAUUCUAGAUAUUUAAUAAUUGAUAUUCAUCAGUUAUUAGCGACCACUAACACGGAUAGCGAAACCAAUAAGUUAUUUUUAUUUCGAGAAGCUAAACAAUAAAAAAAUCCAAUCAGUUUCCGAGAAGCGCUACAAAUUGUGCAAUUCAAGAAAUUAUUUCCACCGACUGGGAAAAUAUAUUCCGGAAUAUAAGCUAAAUGUAAAGUUGAAAAAUCUGCAUACUUUUCUUAAUGUUCACUUAUUGCUUGUAGAAAAAUCUCAUUGUUUUUGAAAUAUAGUUCAAAACAUAUGUUCAAAUAAUUAAUAUGGUACCAUAGUUUUUUUGACUGUAUUUGUUAUUUUGGUUAUUAUGCCUAUUAUGUACCAAAUAAAUCAUUUUAUAUGAUAAAUACGCAAAUAAAUUAUUAAA